AUGAUAACACGACUUCUAAAGAAAGUAAUAAUCUUUGAUGCGUUCCCGAAAGUAGACUCCGGAUAUCAACAUAAAAGUCCACAAGGCGGAUUUGUGACCAUUAUUAUAUCAAUACUUUUAUCGUUUUUAAUAAUUAGUGAAUUUCGAGAAUAUUGGGGCUCAAAUCAAAAAUAUGAGUUCUUGGUAGAUAGAAGCAUAAGUUAUAAAAUGCAAAUUAAUGUUGAUAUUACUGUGAAUACGCCGUGCAUAUAUUUAACAGUUGACCUACUUGACGCAGCCGGUGAAAGUAUACACUUUACAGAUGAACUAAAAGUAUUUCCGGCAAUAUUCGAAGUCAGAGAAGCGCAUCAUUUAGGCUAUCAACUAGAAAAUGAAGUAGCAUUAGAUUUAAAGAAGAUGAUGUUUGAUGCUGCCGCAAAAGUCGCUGAUACAUUUAAUCCAAAUUCUGAUGUCAUCGAUAAUCAAAAGAGUGCAUGUAGGGUUUUUGGGGCUUUGGAAGUUAAUAAAGUCACAGGAAAUUUGCAUAUUACAGCAGUUGGUCAUGGAUAUAGUGGAAAUGGUAGACCUGUUGCUGAAAAUAAUUUCUUAUUAAAUGCAAUUGAACUAAUAAUUGUCUUUUUGAUGCAUAAAGAUGUUGAGGCUUUUCAGUAUUUCUUAUCAGUUGUCCCAACAACGUAUAUAGACAGUUUCAAUAGAGUUUUGUUAACAAAUCAAUAUGCAGUUACAGACUACACCAGAAUAAUUGAUGAAACAAAACAGCCUGGUGUACCAGGGAUCUUUUUUAAAUAUGACAUGGAACCAAUUUCAGUUCGUAUAACUGAAAAGUCUACGACAUUCGCAAAAUUCUUGACACGUCUUUGUGGAUUGGUUGGUGGUGUUUGGGUAACAGCUGGAUUUGUUUUAAGGUUUGCAACUUGGAUUUGGAUCUUAUUGGAUCGAAAUAUCGGCAAUGGGAUCAAUCCGACACGUAGAUCGAAUAGUGCGGAUAGUAAUGUGAAUGGUGCAAUAUAUAAUGGUGGCGUUCGGUAUAAUUAUAUUGAUAGUGGAAUGCAUAGGGGUGUUAAUAUCAGUUUACAAAAAGUUUCUAAUGAUUAG